UCGGAGCCAGCGAUAGACAGAGUUCUCACUCUCUGAAGCCUCUCUGGCAGGAUAAGUGUGAAUUAUAUGGAUUGUCCCACAUCACAGGUGUCAAGCAUGUGGUGUACAGUAGGUGUUUACAGCUCUUGUUCAUUGUGCCCUGGUUUUGAGCAUCCUCAGGCCCCAUCCAGCGAGAGAGGGGGAGAUCCCAAAAGCGAUUAGAGUCCAUGGUAAUCCGACCCAUCCAGUGAUCAGUGUGCUGGUAGAGGAGGAGUCUCACACACAGGGAGGAGAAAGACUGACAGGGACCGAGGGGAGUUCGCCAUGCACACACCCCUAAAAACAUACACACGCAAACUCCUGCUCUCACACAUCGCUAUACACACACGCAGGGAUCUUACGCACGAAAGAGGACAACCAAACCAGGAUUUGGACAGCUUGUAAGCUUCACAUGAUCUGGGAUCCUAAAAACGGACAGGACUCAGACGGCAGCCUCAUUUCCAAACUGAUUUAAAUUGCAAAGCCACGAUCAACUAGUCUCAGACUUGCGUAACCAACUAUGUCAAAGGAUGAAGAAAUUCCGAGCCCACCUCCAGAGUGGCCGGAAGAAAUUUUAGUGUAAACGUAUAUCGGAAAAGCCUGGAGGAGAAGUCAUCAUGAGAAGGAAUCUCUAAGACACUGGUAUAGUACUUAAUAUCCAUACAAACCAAGGCUCUUGCUAUUGACUGAUUACAUGGAUGUACAGCGUGGACGGACAGCACACACUAGCACCUCCAAUCCUGCCUCCAUGAGGGAUUUGCCCUCCCCACCUGUUGCCUGAGGUCAAGCCAACACAACGCCACCCUGAUAAGUCUGGCUUAGCUGGCCACUUGAGUUUCAAUGCUCCACGCUGCUCUAAGAUGAGGGUAUGGAAAGAGGUCAUCCUCGCCUUCAUCCUGUUUGGUGCCUCGUUUUUCCUCCUGCUUAUGAGAACCACGUUACCUGCUGGGCCCUCCUACCCAAAGACCUUAGAGAUUUCAUUAGGCCCUUACUCACAUCCAUCAGCCAAAGCACUUGAAUCCCCACCAUCAUCAUCCUCAUCUUCACUACCAUCAAUCUCAGCGAGGAAGCCAGCCCCACGGCGAGUGGUCAGAGCCACGGAGGACAUGGGCUCUCUUUUCUCCGAAUUUUCGUACCUCUUCCAAAGCUUCACCGAGGGCGAGCUGAAGAAGGUGAUCGCGACUCUGGUGGAACGAAAGGAAAGGAGGAUCAGAAACGAGGCAGGGCGGAGAACCAAACGAGCACGGAAGGGUCCAAAGCCUUGUUCUCUACAAAAGAUCGAGCUCACGGUGAGCGAGCUUGGGCUCGGGUACGAAAGCGAUGAGACACUGCUCUUCAGGUACUGCAGUGGGAAUUGCAUCCAUGAACGACGCAACUAUGACUUUGUAAUGGAGCACAGGCAGUUGAAUAACGGCUCCAGUGAGAAAGGGAGACGAGGACGGGACAAUGGGAAAAAAGACAAGGCGCGCUACACUCCUUGUUGUCGGCCUACGAAGUUCGAGAAGAAAAUGUCUUUCCUUGACAACAAGGGCAUGUUCUACACAAUCCACAAUGUAUCUGCGAGAGCGUGCGGUUGCGUAUGACAUUCAGAUAACUGUGGAAACUUCAGGGAGUAUGUCUUCACCAUAGGAAUACCAGAGAAUGUUUCAGAAUUCCAUGGAAACUAUAGGAGCUUUGGAAAGGGCAACCGUGUGACACAAAGAACUAUUCGAGAACGCAGGGCAUAUUGCAAUUUUGAAAAAUAUGCUAAGAGGGUUCCGGUACGCCACCAUGGAAAGAAUGAAAGCCACCAGAAAUUGAUACACAAAACACAAAAGACAAGGCCUGAAUUGUCUAAAGCCAACUCUGGAAAGUUUGUCACAGAAAAAAGAUUUGUUUCUGCCUUUUCAGUGGUUACUGGCACUUUUGAUUAGUGCAUGGCACUGGACUUUGACCAAAGGUGGAUCGUCAGUUUAAUCGAUGGGACCGAAAGCUGGCGGGAGACUCGUUUUGCCUUCCACUGGAAACUUCUGCAGAAGAACAAGUAGUAUUUAUCUGAAGAUAUGUAAGUGGUAGAGGGCUACAGCGACGACUGUAUGCUGCUCGCUUUUGUUACAAAUCUGAAUACUGAAGUAUGAAGUGCAACACAGCUGUGAAAACUACCUCAUUUCUUUCUUUGUUUCUUUUUUGUUUGUUUUCUUAGAAGAAUGUACAUGCAAUGAAUCUUGCUCUACCGCACCCACUUCCAGGGAUUACAUUAGUCAGAAAUAUGAAUCAGAGGUAUAUACAUGUAGAGAAAUGCUUCUCUACCAAAAGUCUCCAAGGAUGGAUAUUACCUAAAACAACAUUGUCACUUGAAAUGUAUAUGCACACUAUAUCAAGCCCUUAAAUUUGACCUUAAAGCCUUGCCAAAGCAUGUCUGAUCAAAUCCCAUGUUCUCUCGUCUUUGAGACAAUUUAUACCCAAAUAUUUAGAUUUAAAAUAAGAAUAGGCUACCCAAUUCCAAAAGCCAAUAGGGAAAAGUACAGCUUCAAAUGUUUUCCCAAAGGUGUCGCCCCUCAAAGACCUUAAAAGUUCAUUUUUCUCAUGAACAUGUUCAUGUUUACAUUCUUUUAGACAAUAAUCAACUCAAGAUGCAUUGUCUUUUGGAAAGUAAUUCCAGAUUUAGACCUUUUCAACAGCAAAACCUAUACAUUUACAAGUAAUUGUAACCUUUAUUUAUACAGAUGGAACAUUUUGCUCUUAAAAAUAAAGGUUCUUCAAUGGUUCUUUGUAGCAUUUUACAUUAAACAAAUAUCUUUCCUCUUAAAGGAUUAGUUCACUUCAGAAUUAAAAUUUCCUGAUAAUUAACUCACGCCCUUGUCUUCCAAGAUGUUUAUGUCUUUCUUUCUUCAGUCGAAAAGAAAUUAUGGUUUUUGAAGAAAACAUUCCAGGAUUUUUCUCCAUAUAGUGGACUUCAAGAGGGUUGUCCAAAUGUCAGUUUCAGUGCAGCUUCAAAGGGCUCUACACGAUCCCAGACGAGGAAUAAGGGUCUUAUCUAGAGAAACAAUCAGUCAUUUUCUAAAAAAAAAAAAAAAAAAUAAUGAUAUACUUUUUAAAAACAAAUGCUCGUCUUGCACUGAUCUGCUACGCGCCACGCAUCACGUUGGAAAGGUCACGCGUGACAUAGGCAGAAGUACAGUAGUACGGCAAAAAAAUCAUUUUCUCCUUCAACUUCAAAAUCAUCAGACAUCUUUGUUUUACCUUUUUUUGUAAAGGCCGUUUGAAUUCUUUGCAUGUUCUCUUUGUAAACACUUGAUCGGUACUUCCGCCUACGUCACGUGUGACCUUUCCAACAUGAUUACGUAAUGCGUGGCGUAUCGCAGAGCAGUGCAAAAUGAGCAUUUGUGGUUAAAAAGUAUAUUAUUUUUUUUUUUUUUUUAGAAAAUGACUGAUCGUUUUACUAGAUAAGACCCUUAUUCCUUGUCUGGGAUCAUGUAGAGCUCUGAAACUGACAUUUGGACCUUCAACCCAUUGGUAACUGUUGAAGUCCACUAUAUGGAGAAAAAUCCUGGAAUGUUUUUCUCAAAAACCUUAUUUUCUUUUCGACUGAAGAAAGAAAGACAUAAACAUCUUGGAUGACAUGGGGGUGAGGAUAUAAUCAGGAAAUUUUAAUUCUGAAGUGAACUAAUCCUUUAAGAACCAUUUUUCUGCUGUACAUCAGUAGCUAAAUGGCUCUUUGGAGAUUAAAUAAAAUCCUUGAUUCUUCAGUUCAGAUCAACGUAUUUGUUUCCGGCUUUUAAAGCACCAGUACAUAAUGUUAAAUCUCACAAAACCUGUCAAGAACAUGUCAUGGGUCCUUUGAUCUCAAUCAAAUGAAAGACAUAAAAAAAUAUUAUAUUUUACAUAAAGUGACGUCUGUUUUUAAGACGCAUGAGAGCUUUUUCAUUAUGGUGUUAUGGCAAUUCAUUGCACUCAUUCUCAUUACAAAAAUAUAUAUAUAUAUAUAUUUCAGUUGUGAACUAUUUAUACAUUGUGCAUGAUAGUAUUUUUGUACCACCUUUAAUUUAUGCUGAUUUACCUAUAUAUGGUUUUCUAAAGAUCUACCCAAGUUAUAAAGUUUGUGCAGCUUAAAAGGGUUAAUUUGUGACUCAGGCUGAAAACCCUUUGAACCUUUAUUUUUAAGAGUGUACAUGUUUCACUCUUCCAUUAGAACAUGUUCUUUAUGUUAUUCUAGGUACUGGACUAAUCACAGAGUAUGAAAUCUGUCAUAAACAGUUAAGUGAUAAUUGUAUGUGUGAAGAUGAGCUGCUGAAAAGACUGAUGGUGGAGCUGACAGUCCUAAGCUGUUCAGACAUACAGGAUUAAGCGUUAAGUUUAGCCUUGUCCUUUCAGAAACAUACUGUAAGUGCAGCCAGUCUUCUUAUAGCUACAUUCCAAUUAAAUUCCAGUAUAUAUUACACCAUAUUCCAAGCUUCAAGUCAGAAACACAAAACGACAAAUCUGGUUUAUAUACAAAGCGUGCUGAACAAUCUGAUAUAGUUGAAUUUGGUCUGAGUCAAAUGAGCCAAAAGUUCAUAGAACAUUGAGAUAAUGACAACUACAUUUCUUGAUAUUUCUUCAGAUAAAUUCUUCAUCCUUGUUGUUCUUUCUCACCGAAAAAGACCGUGGUCUAAUUGAAUAACUCUGAAGUAAUUAAGGACACAACUACUAAUGAGAUUGGAGUCACGCCUGGAUCCGUCAAGCCCUAAACACGUCUUUCCUUCAAGCUAAUGGCAUUACUGUAAAAACAAGGCAACAGCUAAUGGAGCAUGCAGUCCUUUUACAUGGAUCACUUCCGUUUCAAUUCAGGUGGAAAAUUUGUUUUGUUGUUCAUGUAUUUGAACUGCAAAUUAAAACACAUCUUCUGAAUGAUAAUGAAAUUUCCAGAAUCUUGUCAAACACUGCAGAAAGAAUGAAUCAAGUUUAAACAAUCAGUUCAUCCUGCCCUGUGGAAAUAUCAACAGUAGACGAGAAAAUGUGUUUUUAAUUUGUUUUUUGAAAUUUAGGGGACACUGCCAAUGGAACACUAGUAAGCGAUUAAACUUUGUCUAAUCUUGCUAAUUGGAUACAGAACGUGAUCGCUUGCUUUGACCAGGCAGUAUCAGUGUUGUCUAUGCAAAUAAAAUUCUUAUUUUUGGAAAUAACUAUAUGUCACCCAGCAUGUAUGGAAAUAGAUCCAAAGUUUUUGUCCUCCUCUGAAAAAAGAUGAUGCAAAUAGGACAAGGGGUUCUGUGACUCUACUUCUGUCCAUUUAUACUGGAGUGGAGUACUUUAGUGUCUGUAUUUGUGUGUAAAAAUGAGAUGAAAGUACUGCGCAGUAUUACAGGAAUGCAAAUGUGUGUGUGAGUGCAUGCGUGUGUGUUGUUGUUACAUUUCCCAUGUCAACUAAUCAUGAUCAGCUUUUGGGAGUGUUGGAUUUCUCAUACCAACAGCAGAAAUGUCGAUGCAGUGCAUCUGUAUUGUGGAUAUACCGUAUUUAUUGCAAAAUGCUUUACAUUUAUAUUUAGAUAUUUCAGGAGGGAGACAGAAACUUAUUUAUUAUUGUAUACUUGUGCCAAAUGGAAUUUCUAAAGUCGGCUGAAUAAACAUACCCAGCUUACAUCAACAACAACAGAAAAGUUGCUUAUUUGUCUUGGGUUUCUACAUUCACUUUCCUGUUUAUGCUCAUAAAAGAUGUGUAGACGGCAGAUUUACAAUGCCGCAUCUUCAGGGCACAAAACAGAAGAAUUCAAUUCUGGUGGUAGAGAUCUUGUUUAUGAAGCUUUGAUGUUUAAGAUAUUGGGGUGAUGUAAGGACAAUAAAAAAAAAAAAAAAAAUUAAACCAAUAACAUAAAUAAGUGGAUGACUCGUUAACGUUAGUAAGUGAAAACAGAUUCUACAAAGUGCCCUGAAAUAAACAGAAUGUAAAAUUCAAUAUAACUCAUUUCAUAAGCAUUCAGCCCAUUUAAUAUGAUACACCUAUAUCAUCACUGGUGCAACCAAUUGGGUUUUGAGGUCACAUAAAUAGUUAAAUUGAGAUCACUUGUGUAGUCAAGGGGUUUAAUAACACCUAAAUCUGGAAGUUCCAGCUUUCUGGUGAGUCAGUACUGUGGCUGAACUCCAUUAAGAAAAAAGAUGACUACAUGCAACUAAUUAAAAAGCAUAAGGAAGGAAACGGAUACCAGAUUUUCAAGACACUGAAUAUCCCUUGGAGUACAAAAGCUGUAAAUCCAAAUGAGGCCACCAAGAAACCAAUGACAACUAGACUACCACAACUAGACGUCCUGGAAGAG